GGGGCCGAGUGAGUGACAGGAUGGUGCAGGCUGUGUAUGAGUGUACUCGCUGCAGAAUAAACGUGGAGACUGGAGAUAAGAGACAGCGGGGGUGCGGCUUUUUUUCAGUAAUCUUCCAGGCUGUGAGAGGAACUGAGUGUUUCUUUGGCAAAUGGCAUAGCUGUAACAGAAAGCCAACCUUUCAAAGAAAACUUAAACAUUCUCAGGAUUAAUGAUGGAGUCCAGCACCGCCCCAUCCUCUGGUGCCCGAAUGGCAGGCACCUGCGGUUGCUCCGUAGCCGCAGAAGAGAAGUAGACGCUUGGGGUAGAUGGCUGUCUGCUACCUAGGACACCUUGGCCAGGCCCAGGCGAAGCUACCCGCGAGGCGCUGCCCAAACCUACUCAGCUUUGCACCAGGUGGCCAAAGAUCCAGGGCGUGGAACUGAAUAUAUUAAUUAGCACUUUCCUCGGAAAGUGAAGCAAGGGCUGCAAUUUCACACACUGCACAUAAACGUGAAAGGCCGAUUCCUCCAGGUAUGAGAAAUUAGAAGGAGUGCAUGAGCCACCAAGUAACAGUCUAUUGCACACGACUGUCGUGUACAACAUCUCCUCUACCAGAUCCCUAAUAGAUAAACAGAAAGUUCUCACACGAAGAGUUUCUGCAGGUGGGGAUGGUGGGUUUUGCAAGAGCAUGGCAAUAUAAUUGCUUAUAUCCACUUAGCCCAAAUCCCUGAAAAUUACUGGAAAUGGAAAAGGGGACGAAAAUCCAGGAAUCUGCUCCCAUGAGCAAUCUAAAAGCCUGCCUGAUAAUUUCAGUCCCGCAAUGAGGUAAGAAUACUUGCCCCUUUGUGUCUAGGUUCUAGAGUGGAAUAUCAGAUGAAAUAAAAUCCUAGUUUGGUGCCACACAGGUUCGAACUGUUUCCCAUUUAUGGCAGUAAAUGUCAAUGCUGAAGGGCUUGUAGGACCUCACGUCACUCCACCAAUUUGCCUUUCCAACGGAUUGCUAGCAUUACUGAGGCACUGCACCCCCAUUGUGGCAUUGGUUUCAUGGCGUACAGUUAUGUUAUCCACUUUCAGUCUCCCAGUGCUACUGUUGCCAUUCUGCCAGUGCCCUUUCUGUUGCCUGCCUUAACUGAGAAGACUGCUGCUCGUGCCAAAGUCAGCAGCCUGGAACUGGACAAUCAAGACUUAGACCUGCCUAAAGUCAUCCUUAGUGAUCACCUGCAGUACUUCAACUGAAAGUCAGCAGCCUUCGAGGAGCUAUACUGGGACAAGUGUGGUACUAUUAUGUAGGAGCAGUAGAACAAGAAAAGGUACCUGGAAGACAUCCACUGAGGGAAUUUGAAAGAGCGAUUAGUUGAAUAUUGCAUAUACAGAAAGUCCUGUGGUUAUAUUCCAGAAAAUUACUACUAUGAUGAUUUUGAGAAGUAUUGAUUCCCAUAGGAGUGAAGUUCUGUAGGGGAUUCUUUAGCUGACAGCAAUUUUUUUAAACAUUGCCAGUCAAUGACCAUCAUCAACAAGAGACCAUCUAAUUACCACCACUUCACAUUCAAUGAUGUAACCAUCACUGAAUCCUCCACUAUCACAUCCAUGAGCAUACCAUUGACCAGAAACUUAACUGGACUUGCUACGUAAAUACAGUAGUUAUAGGACCAGUCAGAGUCUAGGAAUACAGCAACAAGUAACUGACUUCUUAAGUCUCCAAAACCAUCCACAAGGCACAAGUCAGGAGUGUGAUGGAAUACUACCCACUUGCCUGAAUGAGUGCAGCUGUAGCAACACUCAAGAAGCUUGACAUCAUCAAGGCUAAAACAGCCCAAUUGAUUGGAACCGCAUCCACUCUUUCCACCACUGACGUUCAGCAGCAGCAGUGUGUAUUAUCACCAAAUGUACACAAGAAAUUUACCAAAGAUCCUUUCAAACCUGUGACCACUUUUAUCGAGAAGGACAAGGGCAGCAGAUACAUGGGAAUACUACCAGCUGCAAGUUCCCCUCCAAGCCACUCACCAUCCUGACUUGGAAAUAUGCUGCCAUUCCUUCACUGUCACUGGGUCAAAAUCCUGGAACGCCAUCCUAAAGAGCAAUGUGAGUCUACCUACAGCACAUGGACUGCAAUGGUCAAGAAGGCAGCUCACCACCUUCUGAAGGGCAACUGGGAAUGGGCAGUAAACGCUGGUCAGCCAGUGAUACUCAGAUCCCAAGAGAGAAUUUUUAAAAAAUUCCUACAUUGCCUUGUCUGAAAAAUAAUCAACAAGCAGCAAGAUUCUACGGGCUGCCUAGGGUACACAAGUCUGACAUACUCCUCAGACCAAUUGUGGCUCUACCAGGAACCCCAUCACACAAAUUAGCAAAGGAACUACAACAAAAGCUUAAACAUCUAAUCAGUAGUUCAAGACACUCCAUACAAUCAACAGAAGAAUUUCUGGACAACGUGAAGAACACAAAAAUAGACAAAGAAGAAGUGAUAGUCUCAUUCGAUGUCACAGCAUUGUUUACAUCAAUCAACAGAAAUCUAGCCAAGGAAACCAGACACGCAACAGGCGACAGAACGAGGAACAGAUCAACAAACACUGCAUACUUAAACUACAGGACCUAUGCUUAACAACCCACUUUACAUUCAACAGCAGGAUAUAUGAGCAGAUCAACGGGAUGCCCAUGGGCUCACCCAUCUCUGGACUGAUAGCUGAGGCAGUCAUGCAAAGACUGGAACAAACAGCCCUCCCAAAGAUCCAACCCAAGCUCUGGAUCAGAUACGUGGAUGACACUUCUGUAAUUAUAAAAAGAACAGAAAUUGAGAACAGCCACCAACUCAUCAACACCAUACUCCCAGGAAUCAAAUUUACAAGAGAGGAGGAAAACAUCAACAAAUUCCCAUUCCUGGACAUGGUGGUGGAAAGAAAAGAGAAUGAAGACUUCACUACAAAAGUAUACAGGAAAUCCACACAUACCGACCAGGUCUUAAACUAUCACAGCAACCACCCCAACUCACUCAAGAGGAGCUGCGUUAGGACCCUGUUCAAAAGGGCCACUACACACUGCAGCACACCUGAUCUGCAGAAAGAAGAAGAACACCUCUACAAGGUCUUUACCAGGAAUGGAUACCCCCGCAUCUUCAUCCACAGAGGCCUAGCUGACAGACAAAACAACCAGGACUCACCAAAACCCGAAACAAUAGCCACCAUACCAUAUAUAAAAAAAAUCUCAGAACUGACAGCCAGACUACCCAGACUGCUAGAAAUCAUGACAGCAUGCAAACUAGCAGCCACACUAAGACAGCAACUAACCAGGGUUCAAGACCCAAUAGAUACUAUGGACAAGACGAAUGUAGUUUACAAGGUACCACGCGGAGACUGCACAAAACACUACGUGGGAGAAACAGGCAGACAGCUAGCAACCCACAUCCACGAACACCAACUAGCAACUAAAUGGCAUGACCAGAUGUCCUUGGUUGCAAUACACACAGACUGGAAAAACCACAUUUUGAACUGGGACAACACUGCUAUCAUUGGACAAGCUAAACAGAGGACAGCCCGGGAAUUCUUGGAGGCUUGGCAUUCAUCUACGGACCCCAUCCACAAACACAUUGAAUUAGACCCAAUGUACUGACCAUUACAACGCACAACCAGAACUGGCACCUACCGGAAGCAGCAGAAACCGAACCAGAUAAAUUUGAACUGGCACAAGACAACAGCGCUUCACAGGAGGCUCCACAGCACUGAGGAUGUCAUCUAGUAAGGGGACAAAACAUCAGCUAUCAAACCACCCAGCUCAUCAAACACACCAACAUCUACAACCAGCCCCCAAGCUACAAACCUUUACUCAAACCCUAAAAUGAAUCAACAAGCUGUGCAUUUGAUUUUUUAUAUGAUGGCAGAGUUUUCAUUGAUGUUUGAAAUUUACAAUAUUGAACAUUAUUGGUUUCAUGUCUGUGCCUACUACAAUCUUUAUUUUGUCUGCUCUUUAGAUUUUUUUUAUUUACCAGUUCCACAUGAUUUUCCCAUUAAAAGUCUGAGUUGCAUCAUGCUAGCCUGAUUAGUGUACAUUACAACUUUAGAUCAUUUUAUAAUUCUUCUUCAAACAUUGAUGACAGGUUAUCAAGUGAAGACUUUUAUUAUUAAUUUUUAAUGCUUUGCUAUGUUAAAGGCACAUAUUGUAAAUGAAAGUUGUCGCUGUAUAGUUUAUAUGUGCAUUUUUAGUUUAAACUAUUACUUUAAUAAAAAUUCAACUCUGAAAAUAAUUUC